UGUGGUCUCAACACAAGUUGCACUGCCCUUCACAUUCUUCAGUUGUUGUACUAAUAAUCAUCAUCCCUUUGCUGCUUCUCGUUUCAGUCAUUGUCCUUGCACUGUUUAAUCCUCAAAACUACUACUCUUUCACACGGACUCAUGAUCAUCAACAUUCUGCAGCUCAUGUUCAUCAUGAUCCUUCUAAUUAUAAGAAACUAGAGCAAGACAGAUUAAAAAAAGCUGAAGCUGUUCUAGCAAAAGCGCGGUUUUCCAUUAGAGAUGUUGCUCAAAGUAAGCUCGUCAACUCAACAUCAGAUCAAGAACAUGAUGAUGAUGAUGAUGAUGACUAUAUUCCUCAAGGGCCUGUUUACAGGAAUCCCACUGCAUUUCUGAGGAGCUAUCAAGAAAUGGAAAAAGUGUUCAAGAUAUACGUAUACGAAGAAGGAGAGAGACCGAUAUUCCACCACGGACCGUGCAGGAGUAUAUACUCCACAGAGGGGAAUUUCAUCUAUGAACUGGAGAGAGGAAGUUUUUAUCGGACAAACGAUCCGAGGGAAGCACAUGUGUUUUUCUUGCCAUUUAGUGUUGUUGGGUUGGUUCAGUAUCUAUAUGAGGCUGGAAGCAGAGACAGGAAAGCCAUUGCUGGGGUUGUUGCUGAUUAUGUACAGACUAUCUCUUUCAGAUAUCCCUUCUGGAAUUCAAGUCUUGGGGCUGAUCAUUUCAUGCUUUCUUGCCAUGAUUGGGGUCCAUACUCAACUAAAUCUGUGCCAAAACUGUUCAGUAAUUCCAUUAGGGUUUUGUGUAAUGCCAAUACUUCAGAAGGCUUCAACCCUCUAAAAGAUGUAUCAUUGCCUGAAAUCAACCUCAACACGGGGGACAUGAGUGGCCUUCUAGGUGGCUCUCCGCCCUCACAACGCCCCAUUCUGGCCUUCUUUGCAGGCCGAUUACACGGCCACAUAAGGCGCAUCCUACUAAAACAAUGGAAGGGAAAAGACCACGACGUUCAAGUCUAUGAUGAGCUCCCCAGAAACAUUUCCUACGAAUCGAUGCUGAGGAACAGCAAAUUCUGCCUUUGUCCUAGCGGAUAUGAGGUUGCUAGUCCACGAGUCGUGGAGGCAAUUUAUGCAGAGUGCGUGCCCGUCUUGAUAUCGAAGGGGUACGUGCCUCCACUGAGCGACGUGCUCAAGUGGGAGGAGUUCGCGGUGGCGGUGGCCGAGGAGGAUAUACCUAAUGUGAAGAAGAUAUUGAUGGGAAUACCUAAGGAGAAGUAUUUGAGGAUGCAUAAAAGGUUGAGGGAAGUGCAAAGGCAUUUUGUCAUGAAUGGACCUCCAAAGAGAUUUGAUCUCUUUCAUAUGAUUCUUCACUCUAUUUGGCUUAGGAGAUUGAAUGUGAGAAUAUUAAGGAAUUGAGG